AAGGACACCAACACAUGAAGUGUUUCAAAAUAACAAAAGUUUUCUCAAUUCAUUACGAAAAGUUGCAUUUGUCGCUUGUGCGUGAGUUUUGUGUUUGGCUUGCUCCACAUUUAGAAAAAAAAGCUAACCCUUACCACCAAGCUCCGAUAAGAUAAGCCGCGCCGUUGGAGCAUUUCGACCUAACAUUUCGUAGCAGGUAUUUUCAACGACAAGAUGCAACUGCUGGUGCUAGCGAUCUACUUGGUGGGACUCUUUAGCAGCGCUGCUGCUGUCGACUGUCCCAUUGCCUGCAAAUGCCGUUGGAUAAUCGAUAGUCUCUAUGCGAAUUGCUCGCGACGCGGCUUGACCAGCUAUCCGAAGUUCUUUAAUGUGCCCGUGGAGCAUUUGGAUCUCUCCUUCAACAACUUUACAGAGUUCCCACGACAAUAUGCCGACAUGGACUCGUUGCUGUAUCUGGAUUUGUCGGGCAAUCGCAUAGCUAAUCUGGAGGCUGAGGCGCUGAUAGGCUUCACCUCCCUACGCACUCUGCUGCUGGCCAGCAAUUCAAUUGUCGAUUGGUCGCACAUCAAUCCCAACGAGGCCUUCAAGUAUGCGCCCAGUUUGAAGAAACUGAGCCUCAGCGGAAACAGUUUGGGCAACUUUGGAGGCGACGUUGCUAGCGAGCAGCUCAAUAGCCAAUCGCUCAAUGAACUGGACCUGUCCGCGGCACAGAUUAGCAUUGUGGGCGGCGAUGUACUGAUCAAUCAGCUGCCCAAUCUGCAACGCCUUUCCCUGGCCAACAACCAAUUGGGGCAGCUAACACGCUUGCCGUCGAGAAGUCUACUCGAUCUGAACCUGAGCAACUGCAGCGUGCAACGUCUUAGCCCCAUGUUCAUUGAGGCCUUACACAACUUGGAAGUGCUCAAUUUGUCGCACAAUACUGCGCUCCAAUUUGGCUGGGAAGAGGAUCUAAUUGUCGGCUUGGAGCUGCGCAACUUGGAUGUUUCCUAUUGCAAUCUGGACCAAAUCGACUUGAGUGGCCUGCCCGUGCUCGUGGAGGUGCGUCUGCGUGGCAAUCUCCUGCGCUCGGUGGAUCAGUAUACAUUUGACAACAAUACGUUCUUGGAACUGAUUGAUCUAUCCAGAAAUGUGCUGCGCUUUAUAGGCAAUGCAGCGUUCAAUCCAUUGAAGCGGCUUAAGCACUUGAAUUUGGCCUACAAUGAGAUUGCGCAUCUGGAGCGCAAUCUCAUCAGUGACAAUGAUGUGCUCUUGGAGCUCAAUCUAAGUCGUAAUAUUAUACAGAAGCUAACGAAAAUAGUGUCCAACUCGGUGCGUGUCAUUGACCUCAGCUGGUGUGAAAUCAGCAUCGUUGAGAGCACGGCGCUAACUGGCUUAUCGGCUAUACAACGCUUGGACUUGUCCAAUAAUCUGAUUAGCAAUUUUCCCAGUUUGAUGCGCUCGGAAACGCUGCAACAUCUGAAUCUAGCCAACUGCAGGCUAUCAACGAUUAGAAACAACAGUUUCAGUGGCUUUCCCGAGCUUGCAGAUUUGCAUUUGAAUGGCAAUCGUUUGAUCAAUCCCAUUCCACCUGGCCAUUUUCGUGGGAACAAAUUCCUCGAUCAAAUCUGGCUGGGCGAUAAUCCCUGGAUAUGCGAAUGCCAGAAUCCCUUGUUCAUCGAGUUCUAUGACUAUCUAACAAUGAAGCCGGCCAAGCUCAAGGACCGUCAUAAUUUGCGCUGUGCCUCGCCGGCCAGCUACUAUGGUCAGCUGUGGGAUUAUGCCUGCCUCUCCGACUGGACAGUGAGUGCGCGCAACAGCAGCGGCGAGAAGGUCUGGUCGACCAUCAUGCUCUGCAUUCUAGGCCUGGGUUUGCUGGCUCUGAUGUUUGGCUGCUUUCAGAAGAUGAUGCGUAAGCAUAAGCAACGACAGAAUCGCAGAGAAUAUAAUUCUAACCAAGAAGAGCUGCAACGCAUACGUGAUAUUAACGAACGGAUGCUGCGCGAGGAAUCUUCAGCCACAUUGCAGCAGCAGCAGGAGAUUAGCUUAUUGCCCUCCUAUGAGGAUGCAUUGCGUAUGCCCAAGCUGGAGCGUCCAGCUAAGUCCAUGCUGGAUCUGUCCGCUGCGGAGCGCAAUCGCAAGCAGCUGCGUCGUAGCCAGACUCAAGCAGACGGCGACAACUCGGCCGGCGAGGAGGAACUGCAGCUGGACACGCGUCAAAGAUUCCGUAGCGUAGAAAUGCUUUCCAAUCGUGACAAAGAGAGAACGGCACAGUAUCAGCCACAUCGACGCACAGGUUAUAUGGAAUACAAUACGCAGUCGGGUAGUCGUCGCUUGAGCAUCGAGGAGUCACGUUUUCCGGCUGCUCAUCUGAAGCGACAAAACUUGCAGAGCGCCGAGCAAAUUGGCAAUUUCCAGAGCUACGAGAACAGUCCGUAUACGAAGAGAAAGCCAAAGAUAGCCGAGAUACCGCCCUUUAAGCGUGUCAAUAUUAUGGCCGACAGUGUAGAGUUCCUCACCGAUCCCGAAUACGACAGUAUGGGCAGCAAGCCAGGCAGUCCCUUUGCCAAACGCAAGCCCAAGGUGCCAACUAACUUACAGGUGAGCGCACAGGUGUACACGAUGGAGCAUAAUCUGCCGGCUGCUGUCCAGCUCGAUCCAGCUGUCGAGGAUUACUAUAGCAGCGGCCAUAAAAAGGCCGCGUCCACGUCAACCAUAGCCAGUGAUUUCCAGGAGAUUGCUGUGCCAGAUAUCGCCUCGUUGCCUGAUGACGACACUCGUUCAAAUGUCUCCACAUCCGCCGCCGAGAUCGAUCUGGAGCGCGGCAUGCGCAGGAAGCGAAAGAACUCAUCCACUCGUCGGGUUAGCGGAAAUUUUAGCGCUGCUGCCGCCGCGGACAGCUCGAGCUCCGCCAGCGAAGGCGAACGCAGCGUUCCAGUUCACAAGCCCAUGAGAGAGACACUAUUCUAAGCACUCAAAAACAAACACAACGACAAAGCUUAAAUUAAUUCUUGUUACAUUUUUCUAUAUUUAGAUUUAAGGCCUAUUUAAACUUCAUGUAACGCACGCAUCUAUAGUAAAAUAUAAU